GGUGCAACUGUCAAAGCUUAACAUUUGUUGUCGUAUUGCAGCCCUGUCACUUUUGCUCGGCCCUAGUUCUUUCUUUUUUGACGUGACCAGCAAGAAAAAUGGUGAAGGUUAAGUGCUCUGAGCUGAGAACCAAGGACAAGAAGGAGCUCACCAAGCAAUUGGAUGACCUCAAGAAUGAGCUACUCAAUCUGCGUGUGGCUAAGGUCACCGGUGGAGCACCAUCCAAGCUCUCCAAGAUCCGUGUUGUGCGCAAAGCCAUCGCUCGCGUCUACAUUGUGAUGCACCAGAAGCAGAAGGAGAAUCUGCGCAAGGUGUUCAAGAACAAGAAGUACAAGCCUUUGGAUCUGCGCAAAAAGAAGACCCGCGCCAUGCGCAAGGCUCUGUCGCCUCGCAAUGCCAAACGCCUUACGCUUAAGGAAAUUCGCAAGCGUGCGAUCUAUCCUCAACGCAAAUACGCCGUCAAGGCAUAAAUAACAACAAAAACGGAAAAUCAUUAACAACACCAGCAGCAGCAUCUGUGUGUGUGUGUUGUUAUUUGUUGUUAACUAGAUAGUGUGCGCUAAGAGUUCUCCUGCAAAAAAAGCUACAAGGAAUAAGAAAUAAAAACCAUUUUUUUUAAAUGUGAA